AUGACUUGUGCUCGUGUAAACGAGCAAUUACAGAGCCUGAUCAAAGAAAGCAGCACUCCUAAACCAUCUAUCGUAUCACCUUCCCCGUCUGGUGAGAUUGUCGAUCAGAAUUGCGAAAGUUCAGCUACCUCUCCGCUAUCGUCAUCCUCUUCGUCACCUGCAACAUGGAGAUUCGCCUUUACACCGAGCGACGUGAUCGAGUAUCUUGAAACCUACAGGCAGAGAAUGUAUCCAGUAUGGCCAGUGAUCGAUGUUGCCAGACUCAGCUCUGUCUUUAGAACCGACGAAAAUGAUUACGAAACUUGUGCGUUAACUUUCGCAGUUUGUGCCGGUACGGGCGCGCAAUUGCAACUCAAGUCGACCACGCCAACAUGGAGCGAGUUCGGGCUUCCAGAAAAUAUGGGUUCCACGGCUUUGGCUGAUCGGUUUGCUGCCGAGGCCGAGCGAUACCGUUUGAAAUACGACUAUCGCGAAAGCACAGCCAUAGAAGCUAUUCUGGUUCCUUUAUUCCUUCAUUUCUACUACGGAGCAAAAGGGAAAAAGCGGACCGCUUCGUUUCUAUUACGGGAAGCAGUAUCACUUUGUCAGCUGCUCGCCUUAGACAAGGAGGAGACAUAUCAGAACAUGGAUUCUGAGGAGGAGAGCUAUAGACGCCGGACAUUCUGGCUUCUAUAUGUGACUGAAAGAGGCCACGCAAUGCAGCAUGGCACUCCAGUCUGCCUCACGAACUCUAUCGAUGUUGCUUCAAGCGACAGCCAGAAUAACCCAGAGGUUUUACAGGCUUUCCACAGCCUAGCCCACCUUUUUUCAUCGGUUGAUGGCGUACUGGUCGGCUCAGAAGCGUCUAAUAAUGGGCGGGGCCAGCAGUAUAGCAAGGAAGUGCUUGUUCAAAUACAACAUGCGCUAUGUCGAUAUGAUCAAUGGCCCAUGGAAUGGAAUGAAGUACAAAGAAGCGACCUUGCUAUUACGCAGCAGUGGUUGCGGAUGCUGGUGUGGCAACUUUCUCUCAGUAAUGUUACUCUGUCGAGUGAGCCAGGAGACGAUAGCAUGUCAUUCACCUACCCAGCUCAUGUAUCAAGAGAUGCGCUUCGCUCUAUAUCGACGGUUUCUUUUGAUGCGCUGGUAGCUCACGGGCCAGGAAUGCAAGCCAAACUAUGCGACAUAACGAGCACUCUGCUUGAUGUCAUGACGUGUGUGCAUUCUCUGCCCCCAGAAAUGUUUAUUCAAACUCGACAGAUUCUUCAUGAAUUUUGCUGCUAUCUUGCAAAAUUGAAUGGGAGUCGGGAGGGCUUAGCUUGGGUUCGUAAGAGAUUGGUCGAGUCGAAUUUACUUCUUGAGCCAGUUUCUGAGCUUCGUGCAAUUCCAGAGUUAACCGACGAUGAAGGUGAAACGACGGACAGCAAUGGGAAAGUGUAUUAUAACAAGAACUUCGACGUCUAUUAG